UUCUCAAUUCAAUCUCAUGCCUUAAAGUACAACAUUAUCAAGGCAAAAAGGUCGAAAAUAAAAAUUAUGAAAAUCUGUUAAUAUAGUAUGGGCCCAUUGGAAGACUUUGUAAUUAUGUGUUUGUUUGUUUCAAUCAUCGUGCCGGCCUUACUUAUUAUUGUGCUGUCACUUUAUCGCUUCAAAGGAUAUCUGGGCUACAAUAUGCUGAAACUGGCCUUCCAUCGGCUGCCAAACACCUCCACGUGUACAAUCUGUUUGGAAAGCACGAAGGAUGGUGGACUGACCGCCGCAUACCGUCUGCCGUGCAGCCACUGGUUCCACAAGACCUGCUUGAAUGAUGAUUUUGAUGACGAUAUACCGAUAAGACCAAGGACUUUGUGGCCUAAUUCGCGAUUACCGCUAUCUUCCCACCUGCGACGUGUGGAAUACUAUUAGUAUGAGAAGUACCGACAAACUGGCAUAAGGCAAUAGAGAUACUCCCCAUAUUAUUUUCCAUUACCAUAUGCAUAUUUAUAUUUUGGUUUUGGGGAUCGGGGAUGAUUUUCUCAGAGCGCUCUGUAUAUAUUUUUGACAAUCUAUAUUUUUAUGAUAAUUACCAUACAACAUUUUACUGUGAUAUACAAACCUGAAAGAUCAUUCAACGCUCCGCACAGCAACAUGAAUUAUUAUAUUUUUGUAAUUUACAAAUUAUGGAAACAAGAAACAUUGCUAAAUUUAUAUAUUUUUAUAUUUAUACAUAAGUACAUGAACUAUGUUGCCUACCU